AUGUCGGAUGUUCCGCCUUUGUGUCCUAUGCAUACUUAUUUGCAAUGGAAAUUAUCUGUUGAAAGCCCUUCAUUUACAUAUGCUGCCAGAUCUACAUCUAAAGAUAUAUUGUUUGCUGUGGAUAUUCCUUUCCCACUACUGAGAGCCCGGUACAACCUAGUGGUGUUGAAAAAGCCCUUCCAAACAUCAUGCACCUGUGAUCCUAAGAAAAUAGGCAUCAACUUGCCCUCAAAUUUUCCCCAGUUUACUUAUAUCGAGUUGUUUGAAUUUGCAAUUCCUGGAACUUCGUUUGGUCUUACAUCUGAUCAAGUUAUGAGGUCAGAAAUAAAUCAUUCCCUUCGGGUUAUGGCAGCAAAGGUAUAUGCUGAGUAUGGCAAGAGUCGAGGUAGAAAGAGACAACAACUGGAUUUAAAGACCAAGAAAUUCCAUAUAAUGGAUGGACAAACAAUUUCAAUUACAAAACUCAAACAAGAUAAGGCAUUUGUUUGCGACGAGUUGGCAAAAUGGAAGGAAAGCAACAUUAAUUUAGAGGUGGAAAUUAAAAAGCUUCACCAUGAAAUGGAGAUGGCCAUCCAAGAAAAGAAUGAAGUAAUUGAAAACCUGCAGUCAAAAAAUGAAGAACUAUUGAAAUAUAUUGACCUCCUUGAAAAAUCUGAAAAAAUGCAGCAUCAGGGAAAAGAUAUUUCAGAAACGAAGAAAAAAUCAAGGACUCUCAAAAAUUUUUUGUCUCGGGCAGAAACUGCCUUAUGGUUUGCAAAAUCUUUUGGACUGGAAUUAGAAAGCAUGACCGUCAAAGAAAUCAACUCUAAUGUUAGACAUAAUUUAGUUGUUGACAACAGUGGUACCGAUAACACAGAUAAUGUUUCUGGAUUUGACGCUCUCUCAGAUGAUGAUAACGGCAAGGUAGAAAAAGUUCUGUUUCUCCUGGACAAGUUCUGUGUGGGUGAUGCUUUUUAUCAUGAGAUAACUAUGUUG